GUCAAGUUCAAGGUGUAACGUGAAUCAGCCAGUGUGGGCCGCUGAAAGUUCUAUUUAAAUCUCAUUAGAGACCGACAAACGGUAGUCUCGAGUCCAGAGCGGCGCGCGCCUGCAACGAACUAACAACCACAAAGAUGUCGAUAGUACCUCUAAUGUUCCGCGACUGGUGGGACGAGUGGGACAGGCCCUCUCGCCUGUUGGAUCAGCACUUCGGUAUGGGUCUGAAGAGAGACGAGCUCCUCUCUUCCCUCUCCACCCUGCCCUCCUCCUCGCUGUUCAGGAACUCCUACUUCAGGCCAUGGAGAACGAGUUUGACGAGGCAGGAGUCUGCUUCCACUAUUAACUUGACUAAGGAGAAAUUUGAGGUUAUCCUAGAUGUCCAACAGUUCACACCUGAAGAGAUCACAGUGAAAGCCUCGAACAACAGCGUUGUCGUCGAAGGCAGGCACGAGGAGAAGCAGGACGAGCACGGUUUCAUCUCCCGUCAGUUCACCCGUCGCUACAUCCUCCCCGGAGGCUACGACGUUCAGGACCUGGUCAGCACACUGUCUUCCGACGGUGUUCUGACAAUCACAGCACCGAAGAGACCACCUCCUAAUGCGGGUGAAAGGAUAGUCCCCAUCACUAAGACUGGUCCCGCCAAGCAGCCCGAACCAGUCAAGACCGAACAGCCCCGUGAACAAACCGUACCUAUCGUCACUUCCCCUUGAUCUACCUAUUCGGGGUCUACUAACGAGACAUCGAUAUUGUCAAUGAAUCGAUGUUCAACGAUCGAAUCAUAAAUAGCAUUUAUUUAAGCGCCGUUCUUGGCCAAUAACGACUAGCUUAUUCGAAAUGAACGAAUUAGGUUUUUUUUUAUAUUGAUUUGUAUAAAAGAGGAAUGUAACAUCAUUUGUUUAUAAUAAAAUUUAAUAAAUGAUUUCCAAUCAUCA